GGAAACUCAAUAAAGGCAAAAUACGACAAGAUACGAUACAUACGCGCUUUUACCAUAGAAACAGAGAAAAACCGAAGAAAAAAAAAGACUCGGCUACUUCACCACCGCGAUUUCUCACCCACCACCGCAAUUUCUCACCCACCACCGCAUCUUGUUAUUUUCUCACCCUUAUCACACUCGUAUGGGUAUUUCGUGGAGCAGUAGUAGAAGAAGAAACAAUUUCAUUCACAAUCCACCUCAACAACCACCUUCACUUCCACCACCACCACCACCACCUCAUUAUUAUUACUCAACUGAAUCACAUCCGCCGCCACCACCACCACCUCACCAGCAAGGUUACUAUUAUCCCUCAACCACCACCGGCUAUGCAACUACCCAUCCUCCUCCUCCUCCUCCUUCUCUUCAACCUCAGACCCAUUCAUUUUACUUCUCUAACCCUAAUUCAAACGUCAACUACGCCAAUCCUCGUGUCAUGUUCCAUCCUUCUUACUAUGUAAAUCAACACGCCUGGGGUCCACCUCCUCCUCCUUUACCUUCUUCUUCCGCUCCACCUCCAUAUGUUGAUCAUCAAACUGCUAAGAAAAUUAGGAACCAUGUCAAUGUUCAUAAAGAUACUUUGCGCCUUGAAGUUGAUGAGCAUAACCCUGAUCACCAUCUUGUUUCUUUCGUUUUCGAUGCUGUAUAUGAUGGCAGCAUUACUGUCUCAUACUUUGCGAAGGAAGAAGAUAAAUGUAGGUUUGUUCCACUCUUUCCUGAUGCAUUUGUGCCAGUCAAAGUCCCCUUUGAGAAAGGAGUUGGCCAGAAAUUUGCCCAGCCUUCAGGAACUGGGAUUGACCUGGGCUUCUUUGAGUUGGAUGAUCUUUCAAAGCCUUCACCUGGAGAAGAUGUCUUUCCUCUUGUAAUAUGCGCUGAAACAUGUUUGGAAACUCCCUCGGAAAACGAAACUCCUAAAACUCCUGAUGAUUCUGUGCUAAAUUCGUCCCCUCACAUGCAAAUAACUCAAGCUGUCUUGGAGAAACGUAACGGUGCUUUCCAGAUAAAAGUAAUUAAACAGAUUCUGUGGAUUGACGGUGUUCGCUAUGAGUUGAGAGAGCUAUAUGGAAUAGGAAACUCAGAAGCUUCAGGAUUUGAUGACAGUGAUCCUGGGAAGGAGUGUGUAAUAUGCAUGACUGAACCAAAGGAUACAGCUGUCUUACCUUGUCGACACAUGUGUAUGUGCAGUGACUGUGCAAAAGCUCUGCGCCUUCAAUCAAAUAAAUGCCCUAUAUGCCGUCAGCCCAUUGAGGAACUUAUGGAGAUCAAGGUGAAGAGUGGCGAUCCAUGAUCUUACCAUGCCCGUGCUAAGUUGAACUGCACGACAUUCCCUAGAAAUUCCUCACUUGUUUGUAAGAAAACUUUACCCUUUUACAUUUCUGCAGUAAGGUGAUAUAUGGCAAUUUUCUUUUCCUUUUUUCUGUAAAUCCUAGUCAAUAAGUUGUCUAUAGUUCCGGUGUGUAUGUGUUCAAGGGAGGAUUUGGUCAUUUACGCUUUGCGAUGAUGGAAUGUUACUCCCGUGUCAUCUAUCUAUAAUGUACAGGUCAUAAUUUUUCUGUAUUUUCUUAGCAAUGUUUGAGAGAUCAUUUCAUUAGCGUACACCUAGUUUGGUCCUAAUGAAUUUAUGUAAGUUAUUGUAGAUUUAAUCAUAUACUAGUCAUUCAUGUCUUAAA